AUUUAAACGGACAUGCUAUAGCAUAUUCGACGCUCAUAAUUUGGGGCUAAGAAUCAUUUGUCCUUUCGAACUAUGUUCACGUACCAUACGAAAUUCUAUAAAUUCGUUCCCCGGGGCGGUGCUUUUUCAUUUCGUUAUUCCUGCAACAAAGGAGUGUUUUCUAUCUGACCAGUGCGUGCGUUUUUGUUAAUUUCUCGGGGAAAUUUGGCUCAAUUCAAGCCUCAAAUUGUAACUAACUGAGGAGAGAAAAACGCCGAAUCAAUGGGGGAUUGGGUGGAGCUCGCGCAGUCCGCGUUCAUUGCUCUGAUCUUUGCCUUCAUGCUCGCGAAAUUGAUUUCCAUCGUUAUUUCUUUCAGAGACGACAAUCUGCGGAUUACCCGUGACGUGGAUCGCAGUUUCGUGCCGGAAGUUGCAGGAGAGGCGGAAACAAUGUCAGAGGUUGAAUAUGUAGAAGAGGAGCGAGUACCUGGAAGAAAUGUGCCCGAAACGAUAGAAACACAUGAUAAAAUUGUUAGAAACGAGGGGUUUGAGCUGCAAACCCUAGGAAGCGAAGGUUUGCGAAUUGAAACUCCAAUAGAUAAGUAUUCAGAAAUUCAAAUUCAGGAAGAGGGCGAGAAAAUCGAGGGUCUGGAGGCGCAAAACCCAGGAAAAGAAAUUAUCACCAUGAUAAGUGAGGGCUUGGAUGUUGAAACCCGAGGAAAAGACGGUAAAACUCUAGUAAGCGAGGGUUUGGAGCUUCAAACUCAGGGAGAAGAUGUUAAAACCCUAAGAGGCAAGGGUUUGGAGGUUCAUACCCUGGAGAGCAAUUGCGCAGAGGGGAAAAUCCUCGGAACGGGAAGUAAAGCCGUAGCAAGUGAGGGCUUUAGGGAGGAAAUUGGAGCUGGGAGCCUGCAUGGUGAAAGCGAUUUAGGCGAUGAGGAAGACGAUGAUUGGGAGGGUGUCGAGAGCACGGAAUUAGAUGAAGCUUUUGGCGCUGCUGCUUCAUAUAUUGCAACAAUGGCUGGUCAAUCUGCAGAGAGAAUUUCGAAUGAUGUGCAGUUGCAGUUUUAUGGGCUUUAUAAGCUCGCUACAGAGGGGCCGUGUACUGUUCCUCAGCCUUCAGCUCUUAAGAUGACUGCCAGAGCGAAAUGGAAUGCUUGGCAAAGAUUGGGAACCAUGUCUCCGGAGGUGGCUAUGCAGAAGUACAUUUCUCUUCUUACUGAGAUAAAACCCAGCUGGGCUGAUGGUAUUAAGCAAAAGAGCAGAAAGCAAGAUGAGGAGAGCUCUCAUCAAUCUGGAACAAGAGGUGCGAUUGGGCCUGUCUUUAGCUCAUUUGUAAGCUACGAGGGAUCUGAUGAUGAAACAAAGUUGGAAAUUAUACAUUCAUAUGCCAGUGAAGGUGAUACAACAGGACUCCUUCAAGUUCUUGAACAUGGAACCCCUGUUGAUAUGAAAGAUAGUCAAGGUAGGACUGCUUUGCACUGGGCUGCAGAUCGUGGUCAGUUGAAGACUCUUGAAAUUCUUGUUUCAAAAGGAGCAGAUAUUAAUGCUAAGGACAUGGAAGGGCAAACACCUCUUCAUUAUGCCUUUGUUUGUGAACUGGAGGAUAUUGCCAAGUACCUUAUUGACCAUGGUGCAGAUGUUUCCAUCAAGGACAAUGAUGGUGAUGCUCCAUGCAAUAUUUGUCCCACAAAAUGGACAUGGAUGUCUGGCAAUGCGUGAUUGGUGUAUUUCCUCCUAUGAACUGUGGAAUACGAGACAGAUGGUGCAUUUAUUAUAAAUGAAUGGGAUGAUUGAUUUGUGAUGUAUGUAAUGCCUCUAAACUAUUAUAAAUGCAAUAGCAUUUGUAGGAUUUGAUUUUAUGUAAAUACCUGCCAGAACGAAGACUGGCAUAGUGUUUGAUGUCAAAUAUGAUCCAUCCUUUUGUUCAUCCUUGAUUAUUCA